ACCAAAUCAGGGACAGAGAGUGGUGUUUGUGUCUUGUAAUGGAUCGGAUUUUGAAGGCAGCUCGAACAUCCGGUUCGCUCAACCUUUCCAAUCGAUCUCUCCGGGAGGUACCUACAGAGGUAUAUCAAUGUCUGGAAACAACCGGAGAAGGAGAGAACUGGUGGGAGGCUGUUGAUUUACAGAAGCUUAUUUUGGCGCAUAAUGAAAUUGAGGUUUUAAGAGAAGAUCUUAAGAACCUUGCUUGUUUGGUUGUGUUAAAUGUCAGUCACAACAAACUGUCUCAACUUCCAGCUGCCAUUGGGGAGCUUACGGCGAUGAAGUCGUUGGAUGUGUCUUUCAACUCAAUCUCAGAACUUCCUGAGCAAAUUGGUUCUGCAACUUCUCUUGUCAAGCUCGACUGCUCAAGCAAUCGGCUUAAAGAACUUCCAGAGUCUCUUGGAAGAUGUUUAGACUUAUCAGAUUUGAAGGCCUCAAAUAAUCAAAUUUCUAGUUUGCAUGAAGACAUGGCCAACUGUUCCAAAUUAUCCAAGCUUGAUCUGGAGGGAAACAAGCUUACCGCUCUCUCUGAGAGGCAGAUAGCAUCGUGGACCAUGCUUUCAGAACUUAAUGCAUCUAAGAAUAUGUUGGUUGAUCUGCCACAAAAUAUCGGAAGCCUUUCACGUCUUAUCCGGCUUGACCUUCACCAGAACAAAAUCACGUCUAUCCCAGUAUCAAUAGGCGGUUGCUCCUCUCUUGUGGAGUUCUAUUUGGGAAUGAACUCGUUAUCGACAUUACCAGCGGAAAUUGGAGAUCUAUCACGUCUUGGAACACUAGAUCUUCGUUCUAAUCAGCUCAAGGAAUAUCCAGUUGGUGGAUGUAGAUUGAAGCUCUCGUACCUUGAUCUCUCAAAUAAUUCGUUGACAGGAUUGCAUCCUGAGCUCGGAAACAUGACUACUCUGAAAAAGCUUGGGCUUGUUGGCAAUCCUUUGAGAACCCUCAGAAGCUCGUUAGUAAAUGGUCCAACAGCUACUCUAUUAAAGUAUCUCAGGAGCCGUCUUUCUAAUAGUGAAGAAACAAGUGCAAGCACUCCCACGAAGGAAAACAUAAUUGCUUCAGCAGCUCGAAUGUCCAUAUCUUCGAAGGAACUUUCUCUGGAAGGUCUCAACUUGAGUGCUGUCCCUUCAGAAGUUUGGGAGUCUGGUGAAAUCACGAAAGUUAAUCUUUCUAAGAACUCUAUCGAGGAAUUGCCUGCUCAGCUUUCUUCAUCUGUUUCCCUUCAGACUUUGAUUUUGUCAAGGAACAAGAUUAAAGACUGGCCCGGUGAAAUCUUGAAGUCACUUCCUGGUCUUGUGUGCUUGAAGCUGGAUAAUAAUCCCCUGAAGCAGAUUCCCUUGGAUGGGUUUCAAGCAGCCUCUAGGCUUCAGAUUCUCGACCUAAGUGGUGAUGCAUCUUCUUUGGGCAUCGUAGAGCGUCCGAAGUUUUCGCACAUGCCACAACUACGAGAGCUUUAUUUGAGCCGUGUCCAGCUGUCUGAAGUCCCUGAAGAAAUCCUCAGCUUAUCUAACCUGAUUAUCCUUGAUUUGAGCCAGAAUUCACUUCAAUCGAUUCCCAAGGAAGUCAAGAACAUGACUUCACUCAAACACCUGGACAUAUCUAACAACAACAUUUCAAGUCUUCCUCCAGAACUGGGUUUGCUUGAGCCAACACUUGAGGUUCUAAGGCUUGAUGGGAAUCCAUUAAGAAGCAUCAGGAGACCAAUUCUAGAAAGAGGAACAAAAGCAGUCUUGAGCUACCUCAAAGACAGAAUUCCAGUGUAGUAAAUUCUACAACAUUAACAUGGGAAUAUACAUAUCUGUUGUUUGUAACAAUUUUUAUUUGUGUGACCAACUCCAUUUCAUCCGGGAGAGACUGAUUCUUAUUGGUGAGAAAUGAGACCCACUUGUAUUCAGAGAUCUUGCUUUUGUUUGGUGUGGCAACCUAAGUACCCCACCCAAAAAUUAAUAAAAAAAUCCUAUGAACCCCAUUAGUGAGUUCACUAAUGGGGAUGCUCUAAUGA